CUGCCGCUAUGUCUCCGAGCUGCUGAAGUAUUUAUACGUCCCAAACAUAGAAAAAUCGCGAAGAUUCUGGAUUACAACUGUUAGGUUAUUGGGGUGAUCGAGACUCGACUCGGUUGGAGUUUGGACGUGAUGGCGUUUCACUUCCAGGCUCAGCUCGCAUCCAUUAUGGAGGUGUUGGCUAACUCGGCGGUGGCUGAGAUCUGCCAGCUGGUCGACGAAGGUUUUGCUAGUCUCCGGUUGGAGAUAUCCCGAAGCCAGCGCGAGAAUUUAGCUCUGAAGAGCAAGCUGCGGCUUCUGGAAGUCCAAGCCGAUGGUUCACCGCAGGUGGUGGUCACAUGCAGCCGGAAAGAACACCAAAAUGAAGAUUCUUCAUCUCUCAUUCCCCAGCAAGUAACGUCAAUGGUGUCAGUCAAAAAAGAAAGUGUUGAAGAAGAGCUACAACAGUGCAGUAUGUUGGAUGACUAUCAGAGACCCCUAAGCAACCGAAGUGAAAUGGAAAACUUUGCACCAUCGAAUCCCUGUGAUGCUGCUGAGAGCCACCAACGCCCUCAGGUAGACAGAAACCUCCCUGCAACCAAUGUGUCGCCCCGAAUCGAGGAACAGCAGCCAAUGACAGAUGAGGGAGAUGAGGACGGUUCCAUGUUGAAUCACUACGGUCCGGCCCCCGAGCUAAGCCUCAGAGAUGUGGCAGACCUGACCAAAGAUGGAGGAGAAAGUGCUGAGGAACAGGAGGGUGUUCCUGGUAAAUUCAGGACUGCUGCAGAACGAGAGCCUUCAGACAGAGAGAAUGAUUUCUGGAGGGAGGCAGCAGAAUCAACCAGUAUGAAAUUUGAUACAUCACUGGGGUGGUCUGAAGCUGACACGGCCGAGCAGUGUUUGGGCUCUGCCCCUAAAAUAGUGUGUGUGAACAGCAGGAGGGAUGGAGAGAAUAACGUGGCACAUAGCGGAAAGCUUGAAGCCGACAACAGCAGCUUUGACUCCUCCUCUUUCGACGAUCUCUUUUCGUCUCCGGAUAUUGCCUUGUCCCUCUCAGCUCGUCACAAAGGUGCCACAGACAGAGAAGCUGGAUUAGAAGAUAGAUCCUCGUCUUACUCGUAUCCUGUAAGUGGCGAGAGUUCGUCUGCUUUGCACUCUGACGGUGCAGGUGCCUCGUCGAGAGAGCGGUUGUGGAGUUGCACUCAAUGCAACAGCUUCUUUUCCAGCUCCAGAGACCUGCGGCUGCACCAGCGUGCCCACUCUGGCGAGAGGGUCUAUCACUGCCAGCUGUGCAUGAAGGCCUUUGCUCACCAACACCAGCUUAAAACCCACCAGCGAGUGCAUACGGGUGAGAAGCCGUUCAGCUGUGCUCAGUGCGGGAAACGCUUCUCACAGUCCAGUCAUAUCAAGAGGCACAUGAGCGUGCACACGGGGGAGAAACCUUUCAGCUGUAACGUCUGUGGGCGCAGAUUCUCUCAGUCGUGCACUCUGAAAGUCCACCAGGCUGUUCACACCGGGGAAAGACCAUACAGCUGCACCAAGUGUGGAAAGAGCUUCUCUGUACUCGGCAAUCUAGUCCGCCACCAGAGCGUGCACAUCAACCACUGAUAUGAGUGCCCUGCUCUCUGGACUUGAUUUUAGCUGUGAUUUUAGACUCAUACAAACAUUUAAAGUGAAUAUUGCUGCUCAUGAGGAACAUGGAAGAGCAUGAGAAUCAAAGCGCCUCUUUUAAUAGUUUAAUUUAUUCAGCGCUUGGUUCAAGGAUGACCUCUCAUUAUUACCGUCACACGCGCACUACAUCAAGUUGAAAUGUAACUACAAUUCAUUCUUCUAUCACUACAACGAAUUAAUUAUUUGAAACUGAAUAAAAGAGGAGUUUUGUGAUGUUUUCUCAUGACAAAUAAUGACAUUCAUUUUCCAAAAUGUGCAAAUCAAACACUAAAGGAAGCGUGACAAAUAGUCUGGCGCUGGCCAAAAAUGAUGUUGCUGUUGUAACAAAAUUGGGCAUCAAUAAUGCAUUUCUCACAGAAAAUAAAGUGCUGAUGCCAAUGUAAAAUAUAACUGCUGCAUAUGUGCGUAACUUCAGCAUGUUUUAUUGUGUGAUUGUUUAGUACAUGUGAUGCAUUUAAUUUGAUUAUUUUGUUUGGAUAUAUGUGAUGGUGUUUCAUGGUCCAAAAGCUGUGACCUUAUCAAAUCAUUUUUGGUUCAGUUUGAUGGAACUGCUCCGUUUAUCCAAAACUAGAGGCAUAACUCCUCUGUGUCAUCCUUCACUAAUAUGUCACACAACUUUGAAAGUGGUGACUGUGAUUCACUGUCUUUGACCCUUAUCCACUUGUAUAGUGUAUUCACGUGUCAGAACUGUGUCACUUGUCUAAAACAUUUUUUUUUUUGCUUGGUAGAAGCAACAUGACAGGCUUGAUAAAUUGUUAAUGCACCUUUGUUUACCAAUUUCUCUCAAAUUGAUUGUGUCUGUUUAAAAAUUGGGAAUUGCUGUCAAAUUGCCAAACCUUCUCCUUGUAACUACGCCAGUGUCUUGGUAUAUGCCUUUGAUUAAAAUGAUGAACUCCAGCUACUGAAUGUGUUUUAUGGUUUGCAACUUUUUCCACCCCUUUGACUCACCCAGCUUUGUCUUUCCCCCAAUUCCUCAUCCUUCCAGAACUCUGACGUAAGUUCUUA